GUGAUCCUUGCCUACCAUUCGCACACAAAGGCUGGGAGCUCUACCAGCCUGCUCCUCCGUGUAGCGGCAAACCCGCGUCAGCGUGGGCUGAGCGACCCAGGCUUUCACCUGAAAAUGAGUGGGGAAGGGUCUUGAUGAGCCCUGGAGACCUCCCGGAGUGGGGCGGGGAGGGAGCUGACAGCCCGAGUGGAUGGAGACCGCCGGUCCCCGGGGAUCAGCUUGCGAUUAGCUGCUUCUUGUAGGCUCCGCGCGCCAGUUGAGCAUCCUGCCUGUGGUCCAGAGGGUGCUGGCGGCGCAUCUUGCGGUAUGCCUGCGUGCAUUUGAGCCAUCGCCCAGAGGCGAGCCCGCAUUCAGACACGGUGGACCGGCUCUGGCAGGGCUGCGUGCAGGCAGUGCGAAGGCUCCCCUUUAGGCGUCUGCAAAAGCCUCUCGACUGCAUGGAUUUGGCUGUUUAAUCAGCCGAGGUGACUGCCCGGGAAGAUUUGCGAGCCUGAUCGCACUCCAGCUGCUGUGACAACUUCGGGGCUGGCUGUUUACUUCUCUCGGUGCCCGGGACUCUGGUCCGCACCGCAACCACACCUGCCACUCGCCUGGCUCUGAAGUCGGCCGCGAGGACUCCUCUGACGGCAUCCCCGGGAAGGGGGAGCAAGGAGGGGUUAAAAGACGAGCAGAAACCCCCCCAACUGCUCAACCUCUCGUGACUGCCUGUGUUUUGGGGUUCUGAGAGGGACCGUGCGCUGCCCGGGGAAGCAAUGCAAGUCUCCAUAGCCUGCACAGAGCACAAUUUGAAGAGCCGGAAUGGUGAGGACAGACUUCUGAGCAAGCAGAGCUCCACCGCCCCCAAUGUGGUGAACGCAGCCCGGGCCAGAUUCCGCACGGUCGCUAUCAUCGCGCGCAGCCUGGGGACCUUCACCCCUCAGCAUCACAUUUCUCUCAAAGAGUCCACUGCAAAGCAGACUGGCAUGAAAUAUAGGAAUCUUGGAAAAUCAGGACUCAGAGUUUCUUGCUUGGGUCUUGGAACAUGGGUGACAUUUGGAGGUCAGAUUUCAGAUGAGGUUGCUGAACGGCUGAUGACAAUUGCCUACGAAAGUGGAGUGAAUCUCUUUGAUACUGCCGAAGUCUAUGCUGCUGGAAAGGCUGAAGUGAUUCUGGGGAGCAUUAUCAAGAAGAAAGGCUGGAGGAGGUCCAGCUUGGUCAUAACAACCAAACUCUACUGGGGUGGAAAAGCUGAAACGGAGAGAGGGUUGUCAAGAAAACAUAUUAUUGAAGGGCUGAAGGGCUCCCUCCAGAGGCUGCAGCUUGAGUAUGUGGACGUAGUCUUUGCAAACCGACCAGACAGCAACACCCCCAUGGAAGAAAUUGUUCGAGCCAUGACACAUGUGAUAAACCAAGGAAUGGCGAUGUAUUGGGGGACCUCGCGGUGGAGUGCUAUGGAGAUCAUGGAAGCCUAUUCUGUAGCAAGGCAGUUCAAUAUGAUCCCACCGGUCUGUGAACAAGCUGAGUACCAUCUUUUUCAGAGAGAGAAAGUGGAGGUUCAGCUACCAGAGCUCUACCAUAAAAUAGGAGUUGGAGCAAUGACAUGGUCUCCACUUGCCUGUGGAAUCAUCUCAGGAAAAUAUGGAAAUGGAGUGCCUGAGAGUUCUAGGGCCUCACUGAAGUGCUACCAGUGGCUGAAGGAAAGAAUUGUAAGUGAAGAAGGCCGAAAACAGCAAAACAAACUAAAAGACCUUUCCCCAAUUGCUGAGCGUCUGGGAUGCACACUACCUCAGCUAGCUGUUGCAUGGUGCCUGAGAAAUGAGGGUGUGAGUUCCGUGCUCCUGGGGUCCUCCACUCCCGAACAACUCAUUGAAAACCUCGGUGCCAUUCAGGCAAGUACUACAGCCGUUCCCACCAAACUCCAGGGGUAUCAUGGUCCUCAGAAGAUGUCCCCAGGGAACGUCCCAUCUCUCUCCACCUCUGUCCUUCACUGUGUCACAGUUUCCCAAAGACUACCUGUUCCUAGAUGGGGGGGUGGAGAGGACGGGGGUGCAGGGGGCAAAGGCACAAGAAGGAACAGAACCUUUAGCGUACAUGGAUCCAGGGGUGUCCUCUUCUGAAGAGGCAAUAUUCUCAAAGCUCAUUCUUCAGGAUGGGCUGUAGGACAGUGCAUUCCAAGACCCAAGCAAUGUGACACUGGGCAACGGGGUUCCCAGGCCUUACCAUAAAAACCUGCUUGAAAUGUAAUAACCACAGGACAAUAUAUGUACAUCAUUUAUUCAUUAGUUCUUUCCCCGAAUAUUUGCCAACCUACAUCGUGCCAACCGCUCUUCUGCUCCCACAGCAUCCUGUCUUCCUCCCCCUCCAUCACAGCAUUUAUGAUCGUGUGGUAGAAUUACCCGUCUCCCCUGCUGGACAGGAAGCUCCCUGAGGUCAGAGACCUGUGUCUUUCUCACAUCUCCACUGCUUUUCCAGUCCCCAGCAUACUACAUAUCCCUUAGUCAGCCAUCAAAUACCUGUGGAAUGAAUGUUUCCCGCAUUUGAAAGAAGAACUAGGCUCAAAAUUCUAUUUUGGACUUCCAGGAUCACAUCUUCCCUAGCUGCCAAUUCAGGACUAACCACCCACUCUUUCCUCCGCACGGACAGGAACUGGUAGGAGCCUGCAGCUGUAAUCCGGGGAGCCCGUAAGGGCAGUGAGAGGGGAAGUGGGAUUGAGAUGUUCCUGGGAGUUCCAUCUGUGGAGAGGGUGGGGCUGGCAGCUACUGUGACCAUCCCCUACCCCCGAAGGCCACACCUCAGUCCUGAGCCUGUCCCACUCUCAGCCUGAGGGUCCUGAGAAGGAGCCUGCCCACUACUCUUGCCACAGCCACCACCUACCAAAACCGGUAUGAAUGUGUAUUUUCCUAUUGCUCCCUGGGGAAUAGAACGUCUCCCCCGCCCAUCUGUUCCUGAAGCAAGCCCUGUGAACCCUCCCAAAAGGAAACACAUGGACGUGGGAACAAACGUCAUUAAACUUUUUAAAAUGUUUAAAACCCUUUUGGCAAAUAGCCCAGGAUAUGCUGGGAUAUAAAUGGUGCUAACCUCCCUCCCUUCCUCCCACCAUCACUUUCUUAGGGCUCUGCAGCAGGGUAAUCACCUCUGCCCCUGCCACAAAGAACCCCUUGGAGGCCCCCAACUCCUCCUGGAUUCUGUGGGCUUCCAUCCCUGCAUGGGGAAUGCUCCCUCUUAUGAAAACCACCCCUACCUUAUUUUCACUUAUGCUCUGGGAAAAGACAAGGAGGAAUGACCAUGGAGGAAACAGAGGUACAUACAGUCUGUACACAAUGGAAUAUCCAAUGAUUUCAAUUCCAUUCAUAGCUCUUAUGUAUUAGACGUUUGGCACCACGCUAGGCAGAGUACUGAGAAAAAAACAGGCCUCUGCCCUCACGAGCUCACAGGCUGGCUGAGAGUGAAUUCAGAAAUCUGUCUCUUAGUUCAUUCACAUCUUUGAGAGCCUACUACGUACCAGGCACUGGAGACACCAUAGGAAAACAAGAACGAUACUGUCCGAGCUUCAAGGAGUUUACAUUCCAGUGGGAGAGGCACAUAAUAAACAUGAAAUAAUUUCAAAAUGUGAGGACUAUUAAGUAACUGAAGAAGGUUCUGUGGUAGAGACUAAUUGAGAAGGGGGUGGGCCUACUUUAGGUGAUGUUUUUGCCCCCAGGCCUCUCUGGGAUAUGCAUAUUGUAAAGCUCAGGGAAGAGGAGAAAUGUGCAACACCCAAGCAUGAGCAUUCCAGGCACAGUGGGGAACAGUGCAGAGGCCUGGAGAGGGGAAGGAACUUGGCUUUUUCCAGAAACCACCAGCCCAAGGCUAAUGUGGCCAACGUGUCGUGACCACAAGGGGUAGUGGGUGCAUGGAAGUGGAUGCAGGCAGGAGACAGAUUUCACAGGAUGCUGAACAGGUCAGUCUUGUACAUGCCACAAAUCCUUGGGAGCAUUUUAAGAGGGACAUGCUGUUAUUUGAACUUUUAAAGAUGGUGCUGGCUGCUGGGUAGAAAGUGGAAUGAAGAAAGGCAAAGGCAGUUGCCCAAGCGACAGGAGAUGGCUGGGGCUAGCGAGGAUGGUAGCUGUGGUGGUGAAGUGGAUGGAUUCCACAGGCUUUGGACAAAGACACCAUGACUUGCUGGUGGCUUAGCCAAGAGGGAGAAACUGGGAUUCCUAUCAUGCUAACAGAGUGACCACUGCCAUCCCAGGAGGAGUUACUACUACCUGGGAAUGGUUUAAAAAAAAAAAAAAAAGUAACUCCAUGGCUGGGGGAGUAUUCCAGGUAGCAAAAGAUUUAAAAUAACUAAAAAUUUUUUAAAAAUUAAAAAAAAAAAAAAGAUAUAUUUCAGAGGAAAACUCUUGAGUCUGUCAUCUUCCUAAAGCAUUUGCCCCCUAGCAAGACUCAGGCUGAUAGCAGGAGGGGGGGAAGAGAUGCUCCAACAGUCAAGGGAAAAGGGACCAUUACCCAAGCUGGGAGGCUGCUAACCUUGGAGGCUUUAUCAUCCCCUCCCCCUUUCCACUCCUACCUCCGGCCAGCCCAGCACUGAAAUUUCCACCCUAGGCAAGUUGUGACUGGGCAGCCAGGGGCAGCCAGCAGUGGUGGGAUUGGAUGCAGGAUAAAGUGUGCAGUGCCAACAGUUGUCAAAGAAAGGAAAUUUCAAAGGGUCAGCUGCUCCAACGGAUGGAACAUGCCUAAGACAUGCAUAAAUUGGAGGGACAUAGAAAUCAGAGCCUCAGUUAAGUGGGAGAGACUGGAGAGGAGAAACCACAGCUGCAGGCAGCCUGCCAUCACCUGAACAGGUCCCCACCCUAAAAAACCUAAAAAGUAGACCGAAGCAAUUCUCUCCCCUCCUGAGGCUCCCCAUCACCUGCUCAGAGAAAUCCAGGCUUCUCAGUAGUCAGGCCCUUCUCACAUCCAGGGCUCAUCUCCCCUUACCACUCCUUCCCUGGUGUCCUCAGUCCACCAAUUAUUCCAGUCAGUAGAACAGCAGGGUUGCCAAACUGGUAGCCUGUGGGAUGUUUGUGUAAUCUGUAGCGGAUGAAAAUGUUUUACAACAGUUGCCAGCAUUAAAAAAUUGGGCGACUUCACAUAAAAUUCUGGAUGUAUGGCUUCUUAAAAAUUUAAGUCUUACAACACUAUAUAUACAUUUUUCAUGUUUUAUUCAAGUAGUUUUAGGGUUUCUUUUUUUAAUGUUUAAAUCUAUCUGAAAUUUACUCUGGCGUAAUGAAUGAAGAAUUUUUUCUCCUCACACGGCUAACCCACUAUAUUUUAGACAAAACUUCCCACAAAUCUACUUUCUAGAUUUGGGUCUCUUUGUUGCAGUCUCAUUUUAAAGAACAUAUUUCAAUUCUGAGACUCCUAAGCUGGUGGGAAAUUAAACUCCCCCCUUUAGCUCCGGAUAGGAAACCGUUACCCAGAACUAGUUUCUCAGGCAGAAUAGCUCUACUAUUCUGCCAAACCCUCAGGCUUUUGAGACUAGCAUUUGAGUGGAGACUAGGUCACCCGGGCCAACAUGACAGCAGCAGAGGAAGGGCAAGCCUGAAACCUCAAAACCGGCCACCAUCGUUGUCUUUUGCCACAGGCUCCACACAGGGUCAGUCUAUUCCUGGGAAGAAGCCUGCCUUUGUCCCUUGCCUUAUGGUGUAAUGUGGUCCCUUCUCAGGAUAAAUUCUAGCCUUGGGUGAGCUCGUCCUCUCCCAAGGCUUCAGUGGGCAGGCAUGUCUGUGGCAAGCGAUUCACAAACCCUCCACUCCAGCCCUCCUGCCGGCACCAAUCCACAGCUCCACCCGGCUCCCUACAGGCCGUGCCGACACAGAUAUCCCCCAGGAACCUUCAUCUCAACACCUACUUCAAAAACCUCUCGUACUCCACACUCCUGUGGUUCCAGGCUCAACGAUCAACAUCUCCAUCCUUCCCUUCCAGUCCUUCAGUCUUGAAAUCCUCCUCGGCCUCCAAAGUCUCUCUCUCUCCCAUCCACUCUCCUUUUCUACUCCACUGCCACUAACUAGUUACUGCUUUUAUCAUCUCUGGCUCCAGCAGCAAGAAAUGUCUAAUAUCUGGGUUCCCUUUCCAUCUCCUCCAAGCUACCUCCAGGUGUCUGACGGGGUUGCUCCUAGCUCAGAAGUCCUGAGAGGUUCCCCGCUGCCAAGAAUCAAGUCCCAACUCCAAAGAGUGGCAUUCGAGGCCUUCCAUGCUGAUGACCCCAACUUCCCUUUCCCCCUAAUUCCUACCAUCACCACCCUCUAUACUUUCUUCCCUCCAUCUCAGACUGCUCAGUUUUCCAAGCCAGUCCAGCUACGAGGGAUGCCUGUUAACCCCUGGCCAUCCUUUGCCAGGGUUGUGACCACCAGGGGCAGAGAAUCUCUCCUUAGUCUCUAGACCUAUGCUGUCCACAACCCUAGCCUCUAGCCACAAAUGGCCUUUUGGUGCAUGAAACCAGGUUAUCAGAAUGGAGAUGUGCUCUAAGCGUUAAAUGUACUGGAUUUGAAAGACUUAGUACUUAAAAUAUGUAGGGCAUUUUAAUUUUCUACACUGACAUGUUGAAAUGUUUUAGAUAAAUGGAGUAAAAACGUUACUUUCAUGUUUCUUUUCACUUUUAUGUGGCCAUCAGAAAAUCUGAAAUUAUGUGACUCACUGUAUUUCUAUGAGCCUUCAUUUAUACAUUAUGCCUUUAUUCAGUUCAGCAAUACUUCUAAGCACCAACUAUGAGCCAAGCACUCUUAUCACAGUAGAUGCAGUGGUGAAAAAAACAAGGUCCCUGACCUCAAGGAGCUUCUGGUCUAGGUGGGGGCUUACAUCUAGUUGUGGUUUAUAAAUGUAUACAAGUCUAGACGACUCUGCUUAAUAUUACACAAUGAACAAAUGAUCAUCAAGUACUAACCAUACACUCUGUAC